AUCUAUUCGCUUUCUUCUUCUUCUUUCCCUCACCCUUAUCAUCUUCUUCUUUGGCUUCAUCCUCCUCGGCCUCGCUCCCGUCCCCCCAUGGUGCAGGACCAGACCCUGCGAGAUGAUCGAGUCCAUUAUCAGUUUGGCGAUAGCGGUGAGAUCAUGAGCGUCGGUGUGGAGAGGGCCAUCGAAUCCGUGGCUUUUCAUGUCCGCUUCGAACAAGUCUUAGGGGUGGAGGGCCUCUGCCUAUCCAUGGUCAUCAUUAGAGCAGUUCCGUCGUAUUGGGUCCAAGGCAGCGACAGCCUGUGGGCAAUUAUUGCCCACGACAUCUGGUCACUAGGGGGGCAAGGGUCGUCUACGCGAGGACGGGUGGUCAAUGGCAACCAGUUGCGGGUGAUUUCAGUAUGGGAGACGCCCCUGAUGGCUGUGGACAAGUCCCACGUACCGUUCCCGAGGAUAUUCACCGAUACCGCAGUCGAUAGUGUCCUCCGGGAGGAGACCUCCAAUGAACUACGGGCGACAGGUGUUGUCACCCAACUUCUCGAUGGAUCAUCCAAGACGGUUGAUGCGACGAAGGAAAUUGUUGUCUCGGGCGCCGCGUACUGCAGUUCCGCCAUUAUGAUGCGUGGAUCCCGCGAGGAGCUGGUCCAAUUUAACAUCGACGGCAAGAUUGACCUGCCUGGAGUGGGUAGGAGCCUGACGGACUAUCACCAACGAAGCACCUAA